AUGGCUCUUGCAAAUAUAUCAGAACUGUACAAUUCAGGAUUUCUUUUCCGUAGCAUUUAUGCGGGAUUGAUUCUCUGCUUUCUGAUUCCCCGGCUACGGAACAUCCUUCAGGCCUCCGUCUCUGUCUUGAAUAGAAUCCCCGGUCCAUGGGUUAACAAACUGUCCGAAUGGCCGUUUGUCGUUGCUAUCACUAGAGGCAAAAGCCACAAUGCAAUGUGGGACCUGCAUAAGCAAUAUGGGCCCAUCGUGGUUCUCGCACCCCGAAUGAUUGCUGUCUCUGAUAGAGAUGCUAUCCGGCGCAUCCUUGUCACUGAAGACUGGCCCAAAUCCCAGGCCAUCUACUCCAAUUUCCGCCAGAACCCCGAUCGUCCAACCCUUCUAGCCUUUACAGACAAGAAAGCGUAUUCGCAGCGCAAACGGCUUGUCUCAUCAAUGUUUGGCAUUCGUUAUAUUCGUGGAAUGGAACCGAUCAUGAGGGACUGUGUGGCGGUGGCUCUCAAGAAGCUGCAGACAGCAUGCACGGAACAUAACGGAGAAGCGGUGAUUGAUAUUCAUCGCCUUAUCCGUGCAUUAGCAGUCGAUAUCAUUGGGGCUACCACAUUUGGACAGACCUUCAAUGUUGUUGAACACGGUAGUCAUCCUUUGCCGCAGAAGAUUGAGCACAGCCUCCUGCUCUCGGGCAUUUUCCAGUUCCUUCCCUGGUUAAAAGGGCUCCCAUGGUUCCCAACGCGCGAUCCAUACAUUGAUAAGUUCACUCGGGGCAUCGUGGAUCAGCGCCGAGAAACCAUGGCAACCGAGCCCAAGCAGGAUCUCUUGCAGAAGCUAGUGGAAGCAGUAGAUGACCGGCCAGCAUCACCUUUCCAGACGUCGGAUCUGCAAGAUGAAGUCGUCGUGCUGUUGACAGCCGGGAGUGAAACGACAGCCAAUGCAGAGAUUUUUCUUCUGAUGUUCCUGGCCAAGCAUCAGGACAAGCUGGCCAAACUGCACGAGGAGAUUGACCAUUUCUACCCCAAUUCGACAGAGGAGACGACCGCGGACAUGGCGCCGCAAAUGCCGUAUCUGCAGGCUUGCGUAAACGAGACCAUGCGAUUACGCGCCGCCAUGGCAAGUGGAAGUCCGCGAGAAACCACAGAGGACACCACCAUUCUGGGAUAUCACGUCCCUAAGGGGACGACAGUCUUUCCAACCACAACCACACUGCAUUUGGACCCCAAACUCUGGCAGCAGGCGGAAAUGUUUAUCCCCGAGCGGUGGUUAGAACCGGCUGCCGAUAUGAAAACUACCGAGAAGAUUUUCUACCCCUUUUCCGCAGGCAGUCGCGUCUGCAUUGGCAAACACUUUGCUCUGCAGGAAGUGUACUUGACUAUAGUCUCGCUGUUGAGGGUUUAUACCCUAGAUUAUAUUCCCGGUCAGGAUGAAUCAACAGUCUUUCGCGUGGCAUUGCAGUUACAGGCGGGAAAACACUUUGUGAAGAUUCGCGAACGUAGCUAA